AUGCAGGUUAGUUCUCCGAGCAGUUCCACUGCGGAAGCAGAUAGCUCUGCCAGCGACACGAAGCAGGAAGAUGAUCGUCAGGUUGCUCAUGCGCUUCUUGUCGGGAAACGAAAGAUUUCCUCGAACGCUGGCAACCCACGACCAUUCAAACGCCCUCGUGGAAUGCGUGGUCUGCUGCAGCAGUUACCAGAGAUGCCCCUGGAUGUGGUGUACGAAAUAUUCAGUCAACUGAACCCCUUGGACAUCUUGAACCUCUCUCGCACCACUAAGGAACUGCGCAAAAUGCUUCUGAGUCAAACUUCGAUAUUCAUCUGGAGACGUUCUCGAGAGAAUAUCGAGAGCCUUCCGGAAUGCCCCAAAGACCUCAGUGAGCCCCAAUAUGCCGACCUGGUUUUUGGCCGCAACUGCAAUUAUUGCCUGCGAAACCUGCACAAACUCCAUGUAAUUUGGGAUGCCGGAGUAAAAUGCUGCAAGCCAUGUGUACCCAAAGAAUUCAUACCCCGAGCUGACGGGUGGACGGCCACUCAAGCUUAUCCACGAGAACUCGCGAUAUUUUUACCGAAGGUUGGCAUCGUUCAAGGUCGCCGUAGUCGAGAAUAUGGCCUCCGAACGCUUCACGAAGCAUGGCGCGAAAAAAUGGCCUCUUUGACAGAUGAAGAGGCAAGACAGUGUUGGCUGCAAGCCGAGAUCCGGAAACGUCGCAAGAUGCAUCUAGACACUGCCAAAUGUCAAGAAUGGCUCGAUGGGUACAAGGCUGGGCAACAAGAGCAAAAAGAAGAACAGAUCAAGAAACGGAAAGCUAUCAUCUUGGAGAGACUUCGUAACUCAGAUUGGGGAGAAGAACUUGCAUUAAAUAGGGGUUGCAAGCCGUUGGAAUUGCCUGCGGUUAUUAAGGUCUGCCAGAAAGAAUUGACGGAGAGAAUCCUUUUGAAUUUGGAUGAACAUCUAAAUGAAUUCAUGAAGGAAGCCCAGGAUAAACGUUUGUUUCAGGAGCGAGCUAAAGUUAUGAAGGCGCGUCUUCCGAUCCUGAAGCAAGAGCAUACUACUUGGAUUUCGAAAUUCCCCCCCAAUGCAAUAUACCCGCCACUGAGCGAGGUCUAUCGUUUCCGUGAAAUACAGGAUAUUUUUUUCAAGGACCUUCCAGGCGACUGUCCAGAGAACUAUUUCGCCGCUCUGAAUACUUCGUCAAAGCACUUUUUACAACUCUGGGACGAGAAUGUUCGAGCGCAGCUCAUUCGACUCGUCAAAGAAGCAAACCUUGUUGACUAUAACUUUGAUCCCGCCACCGUCCUGAACCUAGCGACAACUUUCUUUACUUGCGGUCAAAACAAUGUCCCUCUAGGGUAUCCUCGUAUCGCGAUGCACCGUGGCGCUACUGUUUCUGGCGGUUAUUCGAAUUCUCUGUUUCGUGAUGAACGAGUGCUCGGCGAGACGAUUGGACAGGUUUAUUGGAACCAAUUUCAUCAAAUAUCUUUCGCGAAGGAUGUGUUCGAGAUCGUGACGGCUCUAAUCCGCCUGUGCAGCUAUGACCCGACCGUAAUCACGGCACAAGAGCUCAAUGAAGCGAAUCCCAUCUUCGAGUGUACUGCCUGCAGCGAUGAUGAUGGUCGCGCUGCAAUGACCUGGUGUGCAGUUAUUGCCCACCAAAGGUCGAGCCAUCCUGGUUCAAAAACAGAUACUUCAAAGCUGCAUUUAUUGGGUGAAGAAGACACCAUUAAGGCUCGCCAAGGAAUAGCCGAACUGCAAGAGCGGAACCUGUGGAAGGAAAAGUGGACGGAAAACCUAACAUGUGUUCACUGUAAGGAAACUGGAAACAUGAAGAAAUUGAUGAAGCAUGUUCAAGAUGCGCAUGGCAAACCCGUCCUUUCCAAGGAAGACUUCGUCCCUAACUUCGACCACGAUCAUACCCCUCCUCUAUAUCGCCUGUGGCCACCAAGAGAGCUAUUACACUGCAAUGCACCAGCUACGGACACGAGAGAAUCCAACCCUGAAUGA